AUGGUGUUUUUCACCUGCAACGCGUGCGGGGAGUCGGUGAAGAAGGCCCAGGUGGAGAAGCACGUGGCCGUGUGCAGGAGCUGCGAGUGCCUGUCCUGCAUCGACUGCGGCAAAGACUUCUGGGGCGAUGACUACAAAAACCACAUCAAGUGCAUAAGUGAAGAUCAGAAGUACGGCGGCAAAGGUUACGAAGGCAAAACCCACAAAGGCGACAUGAAGCAGCAGGCGUGGAUUCAGAAAGUUAAUGAAUUGGUAAAAAGACCCAACGUCAGCCCCAAAGUGAGAGAACUCUUAGAACACAUUAGCGGCUUUGACAACAUCCCAAGGAAAAGAGCCAAGUUCCAGAACUGGAUGAAGAACAGUUUGAAAAUUCACAACGAGGCGAUCCUGGAGCAGGUGUGGAGUAUCUUCUCCGAAGCUUCCAAGAACGAGCCCGUCAGUGAGGGCCCGGAGAGACAGCCCCUCAACCAGGAGCCCGCUCCAAAGACUGAAGCCCCCGCUAAGGUCCUGCCCCCCUCCGAACACGACGCCCCCGAGAAGCCGGCGGAAGUGAAGAAGAACAAGCGGGAGAAGAAGGAGGAGCGGCAGAAGAACCGGAAAAAAGAAAAGAAAGAACUCAAACUCGAGAGCCAGCCGGAGAGCGACAAAAGUCAGAAGGUGAAAAAGCGUAAAAAGGGGCUGGAGGCCGAGCCGGAGACCGGAGGCACGGAGGAGACCCCUAAGGCUGAGGAGGCCCCCGAGGCCAACGGCACGGCCAGGAAGAAGGGACAGAAGAAGAAGAACCGGGGCAAGUGCCCCGAGAACGGGGGUGUCGACGGGGACGGGGCCCAGGAGGACCCACAGGUGGGCACCGCCAGCAAACGGAAACGGAAGCACUCAGAAGGAGAAGCAGAGACUAAGAAGAAAAAGCUAAAGCCCCCAGCACAUCCCGAGGGUGAAGAAACAGAAGCCCAGCCCACCCCCAUGAAAGGUAAAUUCAACUGGAAGGGCACAAUUAAAGCCGUCCUGAGACAAGCGCCCGACAGCGAGAUAGCCGUCAAGAAGCUGAAGAAGAAGGUUCUGGCUCAGUAUUACGCCGUGGCCGAGGAGCAUCACCGGUCGGAAGAGGAACUCCUGGUCAUUUUCAACAAGAAAAUCAGUAAGAACCCGGCCUUCAGGCUGCUGAAGGACAAGGUCAAGCUUCUCCAGUGA